GCGCGCGAGUGCGCUUUCACUGCGCUUGGCAAGCUGGAGGCAUCAGGUGCGCUCACGUGAUCAGAGCAUCCUCAGCAUCAGCAUCCAGCUCACACGAAGACAACACAUCAGAGCACACGCGGAGAGAAAUGGCACAUGUCUCUGGAUCUCCAUCUGCGCUUCACGACUAGCUGAGAACUUCUAAAGUUUGGGAGGUGUUUGUAGCCUAUUUACUUCCCGGCAGUUUUUGCAGUCAGCGUUGUGAAUGAGGGAUACACGGUUAAGAAGUGAAUGAACGAACACGAGUUUUGUAUUUUAUGUCUCAGAUUUAUGAAUGGGCGUCUCGACAAGCAAAGCGUGCUUUGUAAGUUCUCACGAUCUACUGAAGAGACGCUGGAUUACAAACAUCUCUCCGCUGCUUGUCAAGCAGGAUUUUAUGUCUAAGAACGAGUUAGCAAUUUUAUUUGAAACGACAGAUUUUUUCGUUCAUUCACGAUUUAAUAACUGCUUUCAUUUGUAUCAUAUCGACGUCCCUUUAUGGCAGCAGUGGUAAGAGCGCGCAGCUGAAGUGGCGCGCGCUCCGCUCCUGCGCGGUGUCUGGAUGCGCCCGCUGCGCGGUAGAUGCCCGUGGCACGGAGGACCGGACCCCUCUCCGCUGUCCUGUGAUGAUGCAUUGAGGAUGGUGGAGGGAACGGACACCCCUUUGAGGAACAUUUCGACAGGAAACCAAGACAGCAAGUACCUUUCUUUCCCCUGGGUGUUGACUUUACUCUCCAGUGUUCUCAUCACUACGAUUAUAGUAGAUGUUCUGGGCAACCUGUUGGUCAUUGUAUCGGUCUUCAGGAACAGAAAGCUCAGGAAGGCAGGUAAUGCCUUUGUGGUGAGUUUGGCGGUAGCAGAUCUGGUCGUGGCCAUCUACCCCUACCCGCUCGUCCUGACCGCCAUCUUCAAUGACCGCUGGAUCGCUGGUGAUAUUCACUGUCAGAUCAGCGGCUUCCUCAUGGGGCUCAGUGUGAUCGGCUCUAUUUUCAACAUCACAGGCAUCGCCAUCAACCGCUACUGUUACAUCUGCCACAGCCUCAAAUACGACAAGCUCUUCUCCAACAAGAACACCGUAUGCUACGUCAUCCUGGUCUGGGCGCUGACUAUCCUGGCAAUCGUCCCAAACUGGUUUGUGGAGUCUCUGCAGUACGAUCCACGUGUCUACUCGUGCACCUUCGCCCAAUCUGUGAGCUCGCUCUACACCAUCACGGUGGUGGUGGUGCACUUCAUUUUGCCCAUCGGCAUCGUCACGUACUGCUACCUGCGCAUCUGGAUCCUCGUCAUACAGGUGCGCAGACGGGUCAAGCCCGACAGUCGGCCCAAGAUCAAGCCUCAUGACUUCCGGAACUUUCUCACCAUGUUUGUGGUGUUUGUGUUGUUCGCCGUCUGCUGGGCUCCGUUGAACUUCAUAGGCCUGGCGGUGGCGAUCCACCCCAGACUGGGUCAAGCUAUACCCGAGUGGCUCUUCACUGCCAGCUACUUCAUGGCGUACUUCAACAGCUGCCUCAAUGGCGUUAUAUAUGGAGUGCUAAACCACAACUUCCGAAAAGAAUAUAAAAGGAUAAUACUUGCUAUUUUCAAGUUUAACUGUUGAGUUUUCACAAUGAGACAAGCACUGUGUCUUUCAUAAAACUUGUAAGUUAUUCAAAAGUGACUGACUUAUGAGUGCAGCGUAAUGAUGCAUCUUUUUUUGAUUUUAACGAUAUUCUAAAUAUGGACAUAUUUUUGAGUCACUGUAUUUACAUGCUUAAAUUUGCACGGAAUGAUACAUGUUUUAAUUGUGCUCCUCGUUACAUGAUCAUCUACACAAUAUGUUCUUAUUUACAAAUUUAAUUGGCAUCUGAAUGUAGAAGUCCAUUAGACGAAUCAAAACAUUUUUUAUUGAAUUAAGAUCAGUGUACUUGAUAUAUGUUUUUACAGUCAGAUGCCUAAAAAUGUAGAUAAACCUUAUACAAAUAUAUUUUCCGAAAUGCAACUCUUUUUACACGUUUAUUUUUAACAUUAUUGUACGGAUCACAGAGUCUCACUUUUCUCAGAUAUUUAGGAGAAAGAUCU